GACAAAAUGACCAUAAUUUAGAUUUUUACCUUUUUAUAUAAGCACUAAAACAAUUCUUCCUCGCACAGAGAACUUCCUAAAUACUUCCAAACAUGCAACUGAAGCAUCUAAAGACACUUUUAACCCCGCAGGAGGGUGCUGCCAAAGUGACGUGCAUGACCUGGGCACCCAACAACACCAAGUUUGCUGUUUGCACUGUGGACCGAGUGGUGCUGCUCUACGAUGAGCAGGGAGAGAGGAGAGACAAGUUCUCCACCAAACCUCUGGACUCCAAGUAUGGGAAACAGAGCUACGUCGUUAAUGACAUGGUGUUCUCACCGGAUUCCACCAAGAUCGCCAUCGGCCAGUCUGACAACAUCAUCUUCGUCUACAGAAUCGGAGAGGAGUGGGGGGACAAGAAAGCCAUAUGCAACAAAUUUGUCCAGACAAGUGCUGUGACGUGUCUGCUUUGGCCUGCAGAGCAUGCUUUUGUGUAUGGGUUAGUUGAUGGAAAGGUUCGCCUCGCCAACACUCAGACAAACAAGUCGUCGACCAUCUACGGCACCGAGUCCUGUGUCGUCUCACUGACAUCCAAUGUUUCAGGUAAAGGCAUCCUGUCCGGUCAUGCUGACGGGACGGUCGUUCGUUACUUCUUCGAUGAUGAAGGCUCGGGGGAGUCUCAGGGUAAGCUGCUGACGCACCCGUGCCCCCCCUACGCUCUGGCCUGGGGAGCGAACAGCAUCGUGGUGGGAGGCUGUGACAAGAAGGUGGUGGCGUACGGCAGAGAGGGUCCCAUCCUGCAGACCUUCGACUACACCCGAGACCAGACGGAGAGGGAGUUCACGGUGGCCUCCACCAGCCCCAGCGGGCAGUCGGUGGUGUUCGGCAGCUACGACCGGUUGCGGGUGUUUAACUGGGCUCCGAGGAGAGGAGUGUGGGAUGAAGCCAAACCUAAAGAGAUCCCCAACCUCUACACCAUCACCAGCUUGGCCUGGAAGAAAGACGGAUCACGCCUCUGUGCCGGGACUUUGUGUGGAGGGGUGGAGCUGUUCGAUUGCUGCCUGCGGAGAACCAUCUAUAAGAACAAGUUUGAGAUGACCUACGUCGGCCUGAGCCAGGUGAUAGUGAGGAACCUCUCCACGGGGACGCGGGUCGUCCUGAAGUCCUACUACGGCUACGAGAUCGAGGAGGUUAAAAUCAUGGGCAAGGAUCGCUUCCUGGUGGCUCACACCUCUGACACGCUUCUGCUGGGAGACCUGAUGACCAAUAAACUGAGCGAGGUGCCGUGGCCCGGCUCCGGAGGGAAUGAAAAGUUCUUCUUUGAGAAUGAAUCAGUGUGCAUGAUAUUUAACGCUGGAGAGCUGAGCCUGGUGGAGUACAGCAACAACGAGAUCCUGGGAUCAGUCAGGACAGAGUUCAUGAACCCCCACCUCAUCAGUGUCCGACUAAAUGAGAGGAAGCAGAGAGGAGUGGAGGACAAUAAAAAGCUUGCCUAUCUGAUUGACAUAAAGACCAUCGCUGUGGUGGACUUGGCUGGAGGCUACAAUCUGGGAACCAUCAGUCACGACUCCAAGAUCGACUGGCUGGAGCUCAACGAGACCGGCCGCAAACUGCUGUUCAGGGACAAGAAGCUGCGGAGCCACAGCGUUUCUUGAGUCUCUGGAGAUGUCACCAGAGACUGAAGCCAUGUGGAAGACGCUCAGCAAGCUGGCUGUAGAAGCAUGCCAGCUGCACAUCGCAGAAAGGUGUUUUGCAGCGUUGGGCGAUGUCUCCACUCUUCGUUUCCUCCACCAAACCAACCAGAUUGCAGACAAGGUUUCAAAGGAAAUGGGAGGAGACGGCACAUCGUUCUAUCAGGUCCAGGCUCAGAUGGCAGCGCUGGAUAAGAACUUUAAACUGGCUGAGAUGCAUUACAUGGAGCAGAACGCCAUCGAUGAAGCGAUAGAGAUGUACCAAGAGCUCCACAUGUGGGACGACUGCAUCUCUGUGGCUGAAGCCAAGGGCCACCCGGAGCUGGACAGCCUGCGUGGGAACUACUACCAGUGGCUGACGGAGACGAGUCAGGACGAAAAGGCCGGCGAGGUGAAGGAGAGCGACGGAGACUUCCAGGGCGCCAUCAACCUCUACCUGAAGGCCGGGCUGCCAGCUAAAGCCGCCCGCCUCGCCAUCGGCCGGCCGGAGAUCACCAGCAACAGCGACACCGUCAGCCGCAUCGCCUCCAGCCUCAUCAAAGGAGAGUUUUAUGAAAGGGCCGGAGAUCUGUACGAGAAGAUCAGGAACAACCAGAGAGCUCUGGAGUGCUACUGCAAAGGAGCCGCUUUCAGGAAAGCGGUGGAGCUGGCUCGCAUCGCCUUCCCUGCCGAGGUGGUGAAACUGGAGGAGGCCUGGGGAGAUUACCUCGUCCAGCAGAAACAGAUGGACGCCGCCAUCAACCACUUCAUUGAAGCAGGCUGCUCUGUGAAAGCCAUCGAGGCGGCCAUCGCAGCUCGCCAGUGGAAGAAAGCCGUCCACAUCCUGGAGCUGCAGGAGGAUCCUUCAACAACCGCUUACUACGUGAAGAUAGCUCAGUACUACGCCUCCAUGCAGGACUAUGAGGUGGCAGAGCAGCUGUUUGUGAAAGGAGGCCACAUUAAAGAUGCCAUAGACAUGUUCACCACUGCAGGACGCUGGGAGGAGGCUCAUAAGUUGGCGGUGAAGUGCAUGACAGAGGAGGAAGUUAUGGCUUUGUAUAUCAGCCGAGCUCAGGAGCUGGAGAGAGACGGGAAAUUCAAAGAGGCUGAGAGGCUUUUUGCCACAGUGAAGCAGCCCGAUCUCGCCAUCACCAUGUAUAAGAAGAACCGGAUGUUUGAUGACGUCAUUCGCUUGGUGGCCAAACAUCAUCCGGACCUGCUGACAGAGACACAUCUCCACCUGGCCAAGGAGUUGGAGGCUGAAUCCAGGUUCUCAGAGGCAGAGUAUCACUUCAUGGAGGCUGAAGACUGGAAGGCUGCCGUCCACAUGUACCGAGUCAAUGAUAUGUGGGAGGAGGCACACAGGGUGGCUAAGAGCCAUGGAGGUGCAGGUGCGCAGAAGCAGGUGGCGUACCUGUGGGCCAGGAGCCUGGGAGGAGAGGCGGCCGUCAAGCUGCUCAACAAGUUCAGCCUGCUGGAAUACGCCAUCGAAUCUGCUUCAAAUAACCUAUCAUUUGACUUCGCCUUUGAUUUGGCUCGUGUCUCAUGCAAGGAGAAGAUCCCCGAGAUCCACCUCAAACAUGCCAUAUACCUGGAAGACGAGGGAAAGUUUGCCGAAGCUGAAGUUGAGUUCAUCAAAGCGGUAAAACCCAAAGAAGCUGUGCUCAUGUACGUCCACAACAAAGACUGGACCAACGCGCAGCGGGUUGCUGAGAACCAUGAUCCAGAGAGUGUGUCUGAGGUUCUGGUCGGCCAAGCCAAGUUCUGCUUUGAACAGAAAGACUACCAGAAGGCUGAAGCUUUCCUGCUCCGAGCCCAGAGACCCGACCUGGCCGUUAAAUAUUACAAGGAUGCUGACAUGUGGAGUGAUGCGAUGCGUAUCUGUAAGGAGUAUCUCCCCAACAAGCUCUCCUUGCUCCAGGAGGACUACGAGAAGGAGACGGCCAAGAAGGGAAACCGUGGUGUGGAGGGUCUGCUGGAACAGGCCCGAGAGUGGGAGCAGUCGGGUGAAUACGCUCGGGCCGUGGAGUGUUACCUGAAGGUGAAGGAAGACUCAAAUACAGCCCUGAUGGAGAAAUGCUGGAUGAAGGCAGCAGAGUUGUCCAUCAAGUUCCUCAGUGGAGAGCGAGCGGUGGAGGUGAUCCGGGUGGUCGGACCUCGCCUCACAAAGCUGAGGAAGUACAACGCUGCCGCUGAGCUCUACUUAAACAUGGACCUGAUCAAAGAGGCCAUCGAUGUCUUUAUUGAGGGAGAGGAGUGGAACAAAGCCAAGAGAGUCGCCAAGGAGCUGGAGCCAAGGUAUGAGGACUACGUGGACCAGAAGUACAAAGAGCACCUUAAGAACCAAGGCAAAGUGGAGUCUCUGGUGGGUGUGGACGUCAUGGCAGCUCUGGACAUGUAUGCAGAGAGAGGCCAGUGGGAGAAAUGUCUGGAAACGGCAUCUAAACAGAACUUUAAGAUCCUCCAUAAAUACGUCGCUCUGUACGCCACACACCUCAUCAAAGAGGACGACGCUCCGAAGGCCCUGCAGCUCUACAUACAGCAUGGAGCACCUCCGAACCCUCAGAACUUCAACAUCUACAAGCGUCUGUUCCUGGAUCUGAUCAACCUUCCCGACACCGACGGACACGAGGCUUACCGCAUGUGGGCCGAACUCCGCAACUUCCUGCUGCAGCUGUGUGAGAACUUGUCCAAGUCGGCCGAGGUGAACUCUGCAGCUCAUGAAGACUUUGACCAGAUGCUGCUGAUCGCUCACUACUACGCCACGAGAUCCGCAGCCAGAGGAGUCGAGCAGCUGAUCGGCGUAGCGUCCAGACUGUCGGUGUCGCUGCUGCGUCACACUGAGCUGGUUCCUGCAGAGAAAGCUUUCUACGAGGCGGGGCUCGCCUGCAGGGAAGUCGGCUGGGAGAACAUGGCCUUCAUCUUUCUCAACCACUUCUUGGACCUGUGUGAUGCCAUCGAUGAGGGAACGCUGGGUAACCUGGAUCACUCCGACUUCAUGAACACCGACAUUCCCUUUGAAGUUCCAGUUCCCACCAAACUCUGCAUCACUGUUGCCCAGCGGGAGGCGAUCCGUGAUUGGGUGUUGAUGGUUUCCAUGGAUCAGCGGCUGGAGCAGGUUCUGCCGCAGGACGAGAGGAACACGUACGAAGCCUCGCUGGUGGCCGUCAAUACCGGCCUCCGCUCGCUGCCGUGUGUCCUCAGCGGUUAUCCUGUUCUGAGGAAUAAGAUCGAGUUCUCUUCUACGGGAAAAGCCGCCAACAAAGAAGACUGGAACAAAUUCCUCAUGGCUACGAAGACCACUCACAGCCCAGAGUGUCAGGACGUCCUGAAGUUCAUCAGCCAGUGGUGUGGCGGUCUGCCGGCGUCUGGAUUCUCCUUCCACUGAAACACACACACACACACACAUACACACACACACACACACACACACACACACACUCUAUCACCUCUCUACUUUCUCUCUUCCAUCGUCAUCCCUUAUUAAGAAUGUCUGACGAGCCUCCAACUAUUUUCUAUUUCUACAAUUUAUUUAUUUAUUAAACUUUUCAACAAUAUUUUUCUCUUAUUUUUAUCCCCUGUCAUGUUGGUCUAGAUGCUGUUUCAAACCUUAAAUCUUCAAAUCUGUCAAACUUUCUUCACACUUCCAUGUAAAAAAAAGACUGAAUCUCUGAAUUUGUAUUAAUGUGUUGCUGAAAAAAUGUCAUAUUUUCUCAAUUUAAAAGCCUUAAAAAGCCUUAUAUGUGAAGCAUGCGUGUAAUUUUGUCCGGUGUAAAUAGUGCAACCUCUCACA